ACAAGAGAAAAAAAAGAUCAAAUAAAAGCUUCUUGUUGUGUUGUCGCCUUCGUGCCGCCUCCCUUUCCCUCUCGUCUCCACCACCUUCGGCUGCCACUUUCGCCGUCUCCACCGCCCUCCUCCCAACCAAACCACGGGCCAUCUCUCCUGUAGCAUCCCGCCUCCCGUGACCGGCGCCUCAACCCCCAUCCACCUGCCGGACCGGGUUUCCCCCUCUCCGGCGCACGCCGCUGGUCCUCUGCUAUUAUCUUCUCGGCUAACCGAUGGAGUGGCCGCCGCCCCACAGGCUUCUUCUUCUGUUCCUGGUUGCUGUUUCUUGGGCGCUCGGUGGCGCAGGGAUUGGAGGCUUUGGAGUUGGAGCUGAGGCCCUGAUCAGCAAUGGAGCUUCUUUUAGCCGUAGGAAUUAUAGAAGAUUGCUGCAGAUUGGUGGUGAAAACCAAGGUGCUCAGUUUCUAUUCUCACCUGGGCAAGCUCCCUCAUCAGGACCAGUGUCUGCUCCUUCACCCUCACCAUUCAUAUCCCUAUCAGAAGGCUCACCAUCACCAUUUUCACAACCCAUACGACAGCAACCCCCUUCACACCAUCAUCCACCGAUAGUCCGUCCACAUCCACUUACGGCUAGGCCGGCAACUCACGGAGCUGAGCAUGAUCAUUCGGCUCAGACUCCAUCGCGCUCCGCGCAUAAACAUUCCUUGACAACCUAUGGUUUAGUUGCGGCAGGGAUUUCUGCUUUCCUUAUCAUAUCAGCAGUUGGGGCUUUGUACUGCCGAGCUAAAAAGGUGGGGACUGUGAAACCUUGGGUGACAGGACUUAGCGGGCAAUUGCAAAAAGCUUUUGUAACAGGUGUGCCUGCACUAAAACGGUCAGAGCUGGAAUCAGCUAGCGAGGAUUUCAGCAAUAUAAUUGGUUCUACAUCUAGUUGCAUGAUGUACAAGGGAACUUUAUCAAGUGGAGUUGAAAUUGCAGUUGCGUCAAGUUUGAUAACAUCUGCAAAGGAUUGGUCCAAAGAAUGGGAAUCACAGUACAGGAAAAAGAUCACAAGUUUGUCCAAAGUAAACCACAGGAAUUUUAUGAACUUACUUGGCUACUGUGAGGAAGGGCAUCCUUUUACAAGAGCAAUGGUGUUUGAAUAUGCUCCGAAUGGAACACUUUUUGAGUAUCUACAUGUUAGAGAAUCUGAGAAGCUGGAUUGGGUGACGCGGCUCAGGAUAUCCAUGGGGAUUGCUUACUGUCUGGAGCACAUGCAUCAGCUGAAACCACCUGUUAUUCCGAGGAGUUUUGACUCAACGACCAUAUACCUUACUGAUGAUUUUGCCGCGAAGGUCUCGGAUCUUGAAUUUUCAAGCAACACGAGGGCACCCAGUUCGAGCCACGGUGUCUCCAAUUCCUCAUCGGAGCUGGAAGACGCCGUGCAUAAAUAUGGCAUGGUGUUGCUGGAAAUACUGACAGGAAGGGUCCCCUGCUCCGAGGAGGACGGGCGACUGGAACAGUGGGCGUCUCGCUACUUCGACGGCGGGAUGGGUCUUGCAGACCUGAUUGACCCGAGCAUCGGUUCCUUCUCCGAGGAGGCUGCACGUGCAUUGUGUGAGAUAGUGAGAUCCUGCAUCAAUCCAGACCCGAAGAGGAGGCCGACGAUGGCGGAGGUUGCAGCUCGGUUGAGGGAGAUCACGGCACUGGGGCCUGACGGAGCAACUCCGAAGGUGUCACCCCUGUGGUGGGCUGAGCUUGAGAUCAUGUCUUCCGAGAGCUAGCGCUGCCUGAGUGCGGAAUGGCAUACACGUAGUGUGCUGAGUGUGACAGGAAGUUCUUUAUUCUGUUAGUUGCUGCUGCUAAUCUUGUUUGUGGAGUUGGUAGUCGGGUAGAAGAUGUUUGAGAAUUUGUUUCCUGUGCAGGAUUGCACAGAGUAAGUGGUGUGCUCUGCUCUCUGUACAUGUAAAAGGAUGACUGUGCUAACUGAGUGGCAAAAGUUUCAGACUA